CACCGAUGAUAGCGCAAGCCCGAAUGGCGCUAAAAAUAAAAAAAUUCAAACGAGUGAUAGCGCAGAUAAUGUAAAUCCAGCGGAUAGCACAAGCCCGACGAGUACUGAUGAUAGCACAAGUUCGACAAGUACUGAUGACGCAAGCACGAAGGGCGCUAAAAACAAAAAAAUUCAAACGAGUGAUAGCGCAGAUAAUGCAAAUCCAACGGAUAUCACAGGCCCGACGAGCACCGAUGAUAGCGCAAGCCCGAAUGGCGCUAAAAAUAAAAAAAUUCAAACGAGUGAUAGCGCAGAUAGUGUAAAUCCAACGGAUAGUACAAGCCCGACGAGUACUGAUGAUAGCACAAGCUCGACGAGCACUGAUGACGCAAACCCGAAGGGCGCUAAAAAUAAAAAAAUUCAAACGAGUGACAGCGCAGAUGAUACAAAUCUAACUGACAGCACGAUCCCGACGAGCACUGAUGAUAGCACAGGCUCGACGAGUACUGAUGAUGCAAACCCGAAGGGCGCUAAAAAUAAAAAAGUUCAAACGAGUGAUAGCGCAGAUAAUGUAAAUCCAACGGAUAGUACAAGCCCGACGAGUAUUGAUGAUAGCACAAGCUCGACGAGCACUGAUGACGCAAACCCGAAGGGAGCUAAAAAUAAAAAAAUUCAAACGAGUGACAGCGCAGAUGAUACAAGUCUAACUGACAGCACGAUCCCGACGAGCACUGAUGAUAGCACAAGCUCGACGAGCACUGAUGAUAGCACAAGCUCGACGAGCACUGAUGACGCAAACCCGAAGGGUGCUAAAAAUAAAAAAAUUCAAACGAGUGAUAGCGCGGAUAAUGUAAAUCCAACGGAUAGUACAAGCCCGACAAGCACUGAUGAUAGCACAAGCUCGACGAGCACUGAUGACGCAAACCCGAAGGGCGCUAAAAAUAAAAAAAUUCAAACGAGUGAUAACGCAGAUCUAACGGAUAGCACAAGCCCGACGAACACUAAUGAUAUUACAAGCUCGACGAGCACUGAUGAUAGCACAAGCCUGACGAGUACUGAUGAUAGCACAAGCCCGACGAAUACUGAUGACGCAAACCCGAAGGGUGCUAAAAAUCAAAAAAUCAAAACGAAUGAUAGCACAGAUAAUGAAAAUCUAACUGACAGCACAGUCCCGACGAACACUGAUGAUAGUACAAGCUCGACGAGCACUGAAGAUAGCACAAGCCUGACGAGUACUGAUGAUAGCACAAGCCCGACGAAUACUGAUGACGCAAACCCGAAGGGCGCUAAAAAUAAAAAAAUCAAAACGAAUGAUAGCGCAGAUAAUGAAAAUCUAACGGACAGCACAGUCCCGACGAAUACCGAUGAUAACACAAGCUCGACGAACACCGAUGAUAACACAAGCUCGACGGGUAUUGAUGAUAGUACAAGCUCGACGAACACUGAUGAUGGCAUAAGCUCGACAAGCACUGAUAAUAGCAUAAGCCCAACGGGUACAGAUGAUAGCACGAGCUCGACGAGUACUGAUAGCGCAAAUCCGAAGGGCGCUAAAAAUAAAAAAAUUAAAACGAAUGAUAACGCAGAUCUAACGGAUGGCACAAGCCCGACGAGCACUGGUGAUGAUAGUACAAGCUCGACCAACACCGAUGAUAUCACAAGCUCGACGAACAUUGAUGGUGGCAUAAGCUCGACCAACACCGAUGAUAGCACAAGCUCGACGAACACUGAUGAUGGCAUAAGCUCGACAAGCACUGAUGAUAGCGCAAGCUCGACGAGCACUGAUGACGCAAACCCGAAGGGCGCUAAAAAUAAAAAAAUUAAAACGAAAGAUGGCGCAGAUAAUGAAAAUCUAACGGACAGCACAAGCCCGACGAGCACUGAUGAUAGCACAAGCUCGACGAGCACAGAGAGUAAUUCAAGCGUGGAAGAAACUAGCUCGACGAGCACAGAGAGUAGUUCAAGCGUGGAAGAAACUAGCACUAGGAAAAACGAGAAUAGUGAGAGUAGUUCAAGUGUGGAAGAAAUUAGCACUAGCACUAUUUCUAGUACAGAAAGUACCACGACCAAAAAUCCAAAACAGAAGGAAGAAAACGAAGGAAUAUUCACUUCCACGAGUGAUUCUUCUACUACCUCUAGCACUCCCAUGGAUAGUUCAUCAACCUCCGAUGCAGAUAAUUAUUCCAUCACUUCAACUAGUACUUUAGAUGAUGAAAAGAAGAUGACCUCUGUUACUACCAGCAGUUCCUUAGACAAUCAUCCCGAUAUCAAGACUACUGCGGACAAUUCACAAACUGCCACUUCGCUCGCGAGUGACCCCCCUGUAGGUAACACUCAGAUCACCGCGACUUCCGCGGACAAUUAUCACGCUCCUGUUAACACUCGGACUAACGCGGACAAUUAUCAAACUACCACUCCUGUGGGCAACGUUCAGAACACUGCAACUUCUGCGGACAACAAACAAACUCCCGUGAGCAAUAGUCAGUCUAGCGCGGACAAUUAUCAAACUACCACCCCUCCUGUGGGCAACGUUCAGACCACUGCAACUUCUGCGGACAACAAACAAACUCCUGUGAGCAAUAGCCAGUCUAGCGCGGACAAUUAUCAAACUACCACCCCUCCUGUGGGCAACGUUCAGACCACGGCAACUUCUGCGGACAACAAACAAACUCCCGUGAGCAACAGUCAGUCUAGCGCGGACAAUUAUAAAACUAACACCACUCCCGUGAGCAAUGUUCAGACCACUGCAACUUCUGCAGACAACAAUCAAACUCCUGUGAGCAACAGUCAGUCUAGCGCGGACAAUUAUAAAACUAACACCAGUCCCGUGAGCAAUGUUCAGUCCACUGCAACUUCUGCGGACAACAAUCAAACUCCUGUGAGCAGCAGCCAGACUAGCGCGGACAAUUAUAAAACUAACACCACUCCCGUGGGCAGUGUUCAGACCACUGCAACUUCUGCGGACAACAAUCAAACUCCUGUGAGCAGCACCACUCCUGUGGGCAGUGUUCAGAGCAAUACUCAGACUAACGCGGAAAAUUAUCAAACCGCAACUUCUGCAGACAAUUCCCCCAGCUUCCAAAGUACUAACGCACCCACGAACAAUCUUCUUAGCUCUGCAGAUGCUACUAUUACUUCAGAUGCAAACGCCCCAUUAUCCACGAAUUCCGAUUCUCACGAUACAGCUUCACAAACAGAAAUGCCAAUAACCUCCGAUGCUCCUUAUAUCCCUAGCACUAGUGGAUUCACCCUCCCGACUGUGGCUUCGAUCACGCAAACAACAUUGGCAUCAAAUUUACCUGCUGUUAUUGAAGUAGGUCCUUCCGAAGUUCCGCCCGAUUCAACAGAGAUACAGUUGAAACUCAUACCUAAUUUACCAUGGGUCAAUGUGGUAGCUGAUAGUUCGAUCCCAGCAGCUAUAGCUAUUUUUUUGCCGAAGGAGUUAUCACAUGCAGUGAACGUAUCAACCGACGAAAUUAGAGUGACAAGCUUGGAAGUUGCACCAGACGGUGGAGUGCUAGUAAAUUUGGUCGUACCUACAAUAUACCUGGCAGAUUGUACAGUGGUGAUAUCUGAUCCUAACAGCAAUCUUUAUUCUCCCGACACUGUCAUCGGAAAAUAUGUAGACCCUAAUUAUUCUGUGGUAGACAAUUUAAAAUCCAACUCAGGUUCAACGACCGGCAAAGACGGUAAUCAAAUAACAAGUGGAGAAGACAUGGAAGGAGAUACUGGAAGCUCGGGUCCGGCAAACAUAAAGAAACCAAUUGUAGUGGCUGCGGUGAUUGGAGCGACAGCUUUAUAUGCAGGAUUAACGGCAUUAGUCAUCAAGGCAUAUAAAAAACGUAGGAGACGAUCAGCGGAAGAUGAAAUAUGA